AUGAAAUAAAAACAUUGUGGUUGAUUUCUCGAUUAUCUUUAAUAAAACUUACAAUUUUUUAAGCAUUUUUUUGUAGUUUUAUGUAAGAGAAGAACAUUCGAAACAUUUCAUUUCUGUUUAAAUUCAUUUUAUAAAAGUUUUCUUUUCUAAAUAAACAAUAUGCCGUUUAUGAAAGGACGGGCUCCAAUUCGCAGAACUAUUAAAUAUCUUGAGGCCGGUAAAUUGGUGCUGAAAGAAAAUAUUCGCAUAUUUAGUAUCAAUUAUAAUACUUUUGCUGAUAAUCACAGUGGUGCCCGAGAAAUAGUAUUUUGGAAUAUACCACAAAUACAAUAUAAAAAUCCAGCUGUUCAGGUUAUAACAUUUAAGAAUAUGACACCUACACCAUUUGUUAGAUGUUACUACGAUGAUGGAAAGCAGGUUCUUGUGGAUAUAGAUAACAGAAAUAGAACGGAAAUUUUAGAUCAUUUAAUUAAAGUUUUUGGUAAAUCAAAAGAACAAUUGGCUAUGGAGGCAUUUUUAGCGGAGAAAAAAGAUAAUCCAGCUAAUUUUGGUUAUGGUUGUGACAGACACUGCAUAUGUGAAAUACUCGGACAAGUCCCUUGUCCAGGUACAGUACCUCUACCAUUGCAUAUGAGAGGCAAAAACAAAUAUCAACAACAGUAAUUAAUAUCACUAUUUGCUUUUUUUGUUCAUGAAUAUAGUGUACAAGUAAAUAUAAAUAUUUAUAAGUAUGGUA